AGUGUAUAUAUACCGCCAUCGACGAGCGCCUGGGAGCUAGGGUUUCUUCUUGCAGCAGCUGCCGCGCUCUGGUCUUCUUCAACCUCUCUCUCCAAAUUUCCUCCAGGAGCCGAACCACGCCUGCUCAGCUAACUCAGCCACCAUGGGGAAGACACGUGGUAUGGGAGCUGGUCGCAAAUUGAAGUCUCACCGAAGGAGGCAGAGAUGGGCUGACAAGUCAUACAAGAAAUCCCAUCUCGGCAAUGAGUGGAAGAAGCCAUUUGCUGGGUCUUCUCAUGCCAAGGGCAUUGUCCUUGAGAAGAUAGGUAUUGAGGCUAAGCAGCCUAACUCUGCCAUUAGAAAAUGUGCUAGAGUUCAGCUCAUCAAAAACGGGAAGAAGAUAGCUGCUUUCGUGCCCAAUGAUGGUUGCCUUAACUACAUAGAGGAAAAUGAUGAAGUUUUGAUUGCCGGUUUUGGCCGAAAGGGUCAUGCCGUGGGAGAUAUUCCUGGUGUCAGGUUCAAGGUCGUGAAGGUUUCUGGAGUGUCCCUCCUGGCCCUAUUCAAGGAAAAGAAGGAGAAGCCUCGGUCUUAAGUUUGGAUUAUGGCUUUUGCCCAUGAUGUCAGUUUAGAAACUUUAAUCACAUUUUUGGAUGUUGAGUUUUGAUUUUGGCCUUCUGAACAAUCCGUGAUGAUUUGUCUAGCUUAUUGUAUCGGUUUCUCUUCGAGUUGGAAGUCUCUCUCUAUAAAUUUAUCGAUUACUCA